CAGGUCACACUCCUGCACAAGACUUUGCUUCCUAACAAGCACUCGGACAUUCCUGACACCGGGAGGCUGAGAUGGAGCUGCUGGAAAUUAUUACGCCAGUUCUUGCUAUUUGUGUCAUUUGCCUGGUUUUCCUUUUGGGGAGGAAAGAAAGUCACAAAGGAGAAAGCCUCCCCCUGGGCCCAACUCCCCUUCCCAUCAUUGGAAAUCUGAGACACCUAAACUUGAAGAACAUCCCUGCGUCUCUCUCCAAGUUAGCCCAAGAGUAUGGCCCUGUUUACACGGUGUACAUUGGACCCAGGCCCACCGUGGUCUUACAUGGAUAUGAGGCGGUGAAGGAAGCUCUGAUUGAUCAGGGUGAUACAUUCCUUGGCAGAGGACCAUUUCCAAUUAUUUCAGAUAUCCAAAACAGACAUGGAAUCCUCUUCAGUAAUGGAGAGACAUGGAAGGAAAUGCGGCGCUUCUCCCUCAUGACCCUGAGGAACUUGGGGAUGGGGAAGAGGAGCAUUGAGGAGAGGGUCCAGGAGGAAGCUCAGUGCCUGGUGGAGGAGCUCAGAAGAACAGAGGCUCAGCCCUUUGAUCCCUCUUCCAUCCUCUCAAGUGCUGCCUGCAACGUGAUCUGCUCCAUCCUCUUCAAGGAGCGUUUUCAGUACCAUGAUGAGAAGUUCCUUUUCCUGAUGGACUUGCUAAAUACAAAUUUUAGGGAAAUAAACACUCUAUGGAUCCAGAUUUACAAUCUGUGGCCAAAAUUCAUAAAGCAUCUCCCUGGAAAGCACAGAUCAUUUUUCAAAAAGGUUGUAGCCGUUAAACAUUUCAUUCUGCAAAAAGUGAAGGAGCAUCAAGAAUCCCUGGAUCACAGUAACCCUCAAGACUACAUCGAUUGUUUCCUCACGAAGAUGGAGCAGGAGAAGCACAACCCAAUGUCUGACUUUCACUUGGAGAAUCUGGCUUUCUGCGGAUCAAACUUGUUUGUGGGAGGAACAGAGACAAUUUCGUCCACCCUGAGAUACAGUAUCCUGCUCCUAAUGAAACACCCAGAGGUGCAAGCCAAAGUUCAUGAAGAGAUCGACCGUGUGAUUGGACGCAACCAGAGCCCCUCCAUGACGGACAAGACGAAGAUGCCUUACACAGAGGCUGUGUUGCAUGAGAUACAAAGAUACAGCAAACUUCUUCCUUGUAGUAUUCCCCAUGCUGUGAUCCGGGACACGAAAUUCAGACAAUACGUCAUCCCCAAGGGCACUACUGUGUUCCCGUUGUUGUCUUCGGUCUUGUAUGAUUGCAAGGAGUUCCCCAAUCCAGAGAAGUUUGACCCAGGCCACUUUUUAGACGAAAAUGGCGGGCUCAGGAAAACAGAUCACUUCGUACCUUUCUCCCUUGGAAAACGGAUCUGUAUUGGGGAGGGCCUGGCCCGCAUGGAGCUGUUCCUCUUCCUCACCACCAUUCUGCAAAACUUUUCCCUGAAGCCCCUGGUGGAGCCCAAGGAACUACAGACCCAACCUGUUGUUACUGGGUUUCUCAACACUCCUCCACCUUUCAAACUGUGCUUUAUUCCCAGAUAAAAGAACUUUUCUCUUUUAACAUCUUAAA